AAAGAUUCUCAAGUGCUUAAGAAUUCUUAAAUAUAAGAAAAUUGUUAGAAUGUCUGAGAAAUACUCUUAAGUUUAAGAGUCUUUAAAUAAUUCUCAGAAUGCCUAAGAAUUUCUCUUAAAUGUCAGAAUUGCUUUCAGAUUAUUCUCAAAGUUAAAAAAAACUUAGGAGACAUAAUAUAGAGGACUUCUAACAUUUGUUAAGAAUUAUUAUCUCAAACAAAAUGGCUGCCGCUGCUGCAUUUGGGGGGACACCGCCAGCGAAUAUUUAGGGACAGAAAGGACUUUUUUGCAAUUUAUACCGACGAAGAACUUCUAAAACGUUUUCGUUUAGAUCGAGGUGGUAUUUUGUUUGUUACGGACUUGGUCAGGGACGCCGUAUCACCAUCUACCUGCCGAAACAAGGCCAUCCCGGCAGAAUUAAAAAUCGUCUGUACGUUACGGUAUCUGGCAACAGGUAAAAUGCAAUUAUGUAAUGGCGAUGACUUUGGACUUUCCCAACCAAGCAUCAGUAAGGUUAUUACGGAAACGUUAAACGCCUUAACGACGCCAGUUAUAAUUCGACGUUUUAUAACCUUUCCUCUCAACCAUCAUGAGGUGCGAAUGAAUGAAGCCGCAUUUUUGCAAAUUGCUGGAUUUCCUGGCGUUGUCGGGGUUAUCGACGGUACUCACGUCCGUAUACAGGCUCCACACAAAGACGAGCCUGAGUUUGUCAAUAGGAAGCACUUCCACAGUCUGAAUGUACAGGUAAUUGUUGAUGCCGAGUACAAGCUGAUGGACGUGGUAGCCAAGUGGCCCGGGUCAACUCACGACGCACGGAUUCUGCAUGAGAGUGGCAUAAAGCAAAUGUUUGACCGGCGUCUCGUUCCCGGAGGAUGUCAUCUGCUAGGCGACGGCGGGUACCCAUGUAAAACAUGGCUCCUGACACCCUUCCUGAGACCUCAACCUGGCGCCCAGUCACGCUAUAACAGGUAUCACUAUUACAUCCCCUUUACAACUAUGUAGGAUUGUUGAAUGUUUCACACUACUAUUCAUUUCCAUUUCGUUCUUAUUAAGUGAAUUUAAAUAUAACUACAUGGAAACUACAGUUUACAAACAUCACAAGAUUGUUAGUAAAUGUAUUUGCUAUACGAGGAAUUAAAUUACAGUACAAAGAAAAAUCAUAGACAGGUGGUCCACAAAAUGCAUCUGACACCCCCAUUUUAUUCACUUGGCAGAAAUCAUUGCAUACAAAAUCAACCUUUGCUUAUAUAUUUUACUUUAAAAAAAAUGCUCAAUAAAUUAUACUGAACGAGUAAUUAAAUGUAUCAAUGUCAUGCAUUUGUAGGGCACACAAAAGAACCAGAAGUGUGGUGGAACGAGGAAUUGGCCAGAUGAAGAGGCGAUUCCAUGUUCUCCAUGGAGAAAUCCGCUUAACACCUGCCAAGACUUGCAAAGUAAUUCUCGCAUGCUCGGUUCUACAUAACAUUUGUAAAACCCGUAACAUCCAGAUGCCACCAGAUGAAGCUGGUGAUUACCCUGACGGUGAUGAAGAGGAGGGAGACGAAGAAACGGAAGCCGCAGGAGCACCCAAUCCACAAGGACAUGGCCUGCGACAUCGU